GUGAGUUAAGCCAGAUGAGAUUUUCCGCAUUCCAAUGUCGGCAGCACGCUAUCUGGAUUCCGUUGUCUCCUUUAUAAACCUCAAAAUUCCAUUUCAUUUCAUUUCAUUCUCCACCCACCCCCACCUGAACUCCAGUACUCCGGCGAUCACUCACCAAUCUCCGCCCAAUGGCGCUCCGUACAGCGAUCACCAAACGAAUGAUAACAUCACACGGCUCACGAUCCAUAUCAUCGUGGUGGAAACACGUUGAGCCUGCGCCCAAAGACCCUAUCCUCGGUGUCACCGAAGCUUUUCUAGCGGAUCCUCAUCCUGACAAAGUUAAUGUUGGCGUCGGAGCUUAUCGUGAUGAUAACGGGAAGCCGGUUGUUCUUGAUUGUGUUAGAGAAGCUGAGAGACGAAUUGCUGGAAACUUGAACAUGGAAUAUCUUCCAAUGGGAGGAAGCAACAAAAUGGUUGAGGAAACACUGAAAUUGGCCUACGGUGACGAUUCUGAUUUAAUCAAAGAUAAACGAAUUGCAGCAAUACAAGCUCUAUCUGGCACUGGUGCAUGCCGAAUUUUCGCAGAUUUUCAAAAGCGGUUUUCGCCUGAUUCUCAGAUCUAUAUUCCAGUCCCUACCUGGUCCAAUCACCAUAACAUCUGGAGAGAUGCUAAUGUACCACAAAGAACAUUCCAUUAUUAUCAUCCGGAAUCAAAAGGUCUUGAUUUCGCCUCGCUGAUGGAUGAUGUUAAGAAUGCACCAAACGGGUCGUUCUUUUUGCUGCAUGCUUGUGCACAUAAUCCUACUGGAGUUGACCCCACGGUAGAACAAUGGAAAGAAAUAUCUUACCAGUUUAAGGUGAAAGGUCAUUUUGCUUUCUUUGACAUGGCCUAUCAAGGAUUUGCAAGUGGUGAUCCAGAAAGAGAUGCAAAAUCCAUUAGAAUUUUUCUUGAAGAUGGUCAUUUAAUUGGAUGUUCUCAAUCAUACGCUAAAAAUAUGGGUCUUUAUGGCCAAAGAGUUGGCUGCCUUAGUUUGGUAUGUGAAGAUGAGAAACAAGCUGUGGCUGUGAAGAGUCAACUACAGCAACUUGCAAGACCGAUGUACAGUAAUCCACCAGUUCAUGGUGCACUGAUUGUUUCGACUAUUCUUGGUGAUCCAGAUUUGAAGCAGUUGUGGCUCAAAGAAGUCAAGGGUAUGGCUGACCGUAUAAUCGGGAUGAGAACUUCACUUAGGGAAAACAUCGAGAAGUUGGGCUCUCCGUUAUCAUGGGAACACAUAACUAAUCAGAUUGGCAUGUUCUGCUACAGUGGGAUGACUCCUGAACAAGUUGAUCGCUUGACAAAAGAGUUUCACAUUUACAUGACCCGCAAUGGUCGUAUUAGUAUGGCAGGGGUCACAAGUGGCAAUGUUGAAUACUUGGCAAAAGCCAUCCAUGAAGUUACAAAAGCUGCUUAAAGUUCAGAUAAUACUUUCUGGGGAUUUGGCUAAAACGCGCAUCCUCGUAUUUUCCUUUGAAUUAUUUAAACUAUAAAGAAAAUAAAUAGAUUAAGUUCUAAUUGUUGUAGCGAGUCGUGCUUCUUGUUUUGCUAAUUGUUAUGAUAGGACUUAAAAAACUGUAUACGGGUAGCUGUUAAAGCUGCUCACAUUGUUUGAAUAAUACAAAAUUGUUUUUCUGAAUA